AUGGCUGAUCUACAGGGCCGCAAGGUCUUCAAGGUCUUCAACCAGGACUUCAUCGUGAACGAGCACUACAAUGUCACCAAGGAGCUAGGCCAGGGUGCCUACGGUAUCGUCUGUGCCGCAACAAACACUCAGACUGGCGAAGGCGUUGCCAUCAAGAAAGUCACCAACGUAUUCAGCAAAAAGAUCCUUGCCAAGCGAGCCCUGCGCGAGAUAAAGCUCCUCCAGCACUUCCGCGGCCAUCGCAAUAUUACCUGCCUAUACGAUAUGGACAUUCCCCGCCCGGACCAAUUUAACGAAACUUAUCUUUAUGAGGAAUUGAUGGAGUGUGACUUGGCGGCUAUCAUCCGUUCGGGCCAGCCCUUGACCGAUGCGCACUUCCAAUCCUUCAUUUAUCAGAUCCUUUGCGGUCUGAAGUAUAUUCACUCCGCGAACGUACUGCACCGUGAUCUGAAGCCCGGUAACCUGCUUGUCAAUGCGGACUGCGAGCUGAAGAUUUGUGACUUUGGUCUGGCUCGUGGGUUCUCGAUUGACCCGGAGGAGAAUGCUGGUUAUAUGACCGAGUAUGUCGCGACAAGAUGGUAUCGUGCACCGGAGAUUAUGUUGAGCUUCCAAAGCUACACCAAAGCUAGUACGUUCCUCUCUUAUCAUCCCCCCGGCCUCUUCCCUAUUGUCCGGAAGGAAGCAAAAGCUAACAACUGUGCCAUAGUUGAUGUCUGGUCCGUGGGCUGUAUCCUUGCCGAGCUGCUCGGCGGACGUCCCUUCUUCAAGGGUCGUGACUACGUCGAUCAGCUGAACCAGAUCCUGCACUACCUGGGUACCCCCAACGAGGAGACCCUGGCACGCAUUGGAUCGCCUCGCGCCCAGGAAUACGUGCGCAACCUGCCAUUCAUGCCCAAGAUCCCCUUCCAGCGGCUAUUCCCCAACGCCAACCCCGAUGCAUUGGACCUGCUGGACCGCAUGCUAGCCUUUGACCCGUCCUCCCGUAUUUCCGUCGAAGAGGCCCUCGAGCAUCCGUACCUGCACAUCUGGCACGAUGCCUCGGACGAGCCCACCUGCCCAACCACCUUCGACUUCCACUUUGAAGUCGUUGACGACGUCCCCGAGAUGCGCAAGAUGAUCCUUGACGAGGUCAUCCGCUUCCGCGCCACCGUCCGUCAACAGUCCCAGGCCCACGCUGCCCAGCAGCAGCAGAUGGCCCAGGCAACCAACGUCCCCAUCCCCGAGAACCAGCAGGGCGGCUGGAAGACCGAGGAGCCUAAGCCUCAGGAGGCGGCCGCUGGCGGGCACAUGAAUGACUUGGAGGCCUCGCUGCAGCGCGGCAUGGACUCUGUGCAUCAUUGA